UCCAUCCUUCUCUUUUUGCAACCUGCAAGCAGAGGACUGCAGCAAGUAAUUUAUCUAAUAUGAGAAUGUAACAUUUACAGCGUUAUUUAUGAUUGUGGGGAAGUAAGGGAGAGGUUUUUUUUUUCAGAAAUGCAAUGAUGACAAAGGAGAUUGUCUUGUGGGUGCCGUUUGACUAGUUGUAGCAUAGAGGGGAUGGUAUAUGCGAGUAGCAGAGGAGGACGAGAAGAUGGAAAAAUCAUGUAGAUACUCUAGGGAAAGCUUGUAGUAUAGUAAUACGGUAACCAUUUUUCAUGUGUGCCUUGCAACACUGCAAUGAAGCAAAGUGUAAUGAAAGAUUCCAAUUACAAAAAUUCUUUGUUGUUAUUCUUACUUCCAAUGCUUCUAGGGCACCCACUCCAUUGUCCUCAUGGCUGUGGCAGCCAGCCAGUACCUGUUUCGCCUUAUUGAUGUGGGCGCACCCGGGAGGUUUAGUGAUGGUGGAAUUUUCAAAGAUUCCCCCAUUGGCAAACGACUGCACGAGGGCAAGCUCAAUCUGCCUCGGGCAGCUAAGCUACCAGGCUCCGAGAGAGUUUGCCCUCAUGUGUUUGUUGGCGAUGAAGCCUUCCAGCUGCGCCCCGACUUCAUGCGGCCACUACCGGGCACCCGGACUAAAGCUGAGGAGAUCAUCUUCAACUACCGCCUCAGUCGUGCCAGACGAUGUAUAGAGAACGCCUUCGGGAUUCUCGUUUCCCGCUGGCGGAUAUACGAGAGGCAGAUGAACCUGCAGCCGGAAAAUGUGGAGAGUGUUGUGAAGGCAACCUGCGUACUUCACAACUUCUUAUCCGUAACGUCCAGCGCUUCAGCCACCUACUGCCCACCUGGAUAUGGAGACUGCCAGGACAUGUUCGGGUGUGUCCGUGACGGCACUUGGCGACAAGGGGCGGCAACUGCUGCUGUGUUCGGUUUGCAGGGAGCAAAGGCCCGCAACUGCACAAAUGCUGCUAAUUCGGUGCGCAAGCAGUUCAUCGAGUACUUCAAGGAUGAAGGGCAGGUGUCUUGGCAGUGGGACCUGCCAGGGGUGACAAGCUUGUAGGAUGGUGUAGACCUGGCCGCCUCAAGGCCAAGAACACGUGCUGCUGGACUCCAUGAAGAACCCAACAGCCCUCUUCAGGGCUACCUACUUAAUGCUUUGGCAGCGAGCCGCUGGAUUUACGAUAUUCUGUUCUGUGGC